GUCGCUGUCGCCUGAAGCUCCGCCCCUCUGUUUACGUGACGUCACAGAGGAAACGACUUCCGGUGUCAACAACAUGGUGAAGUUCUUCAUCUCCUCAGGGACAUUCUCUCAUUUCCACCUUCUCUCCACAUUAACGAGAUCAUGCCCCACCCCUCUACAACAUUUCCUGGAAUUUGGCUGAGUAUAUUUUGCAUAAUCCUACUUACAAAAAAUAAGAGACAUAACCUCAGCAAGUUUCAAAUUUCACUUAGAAUUCAUCUGUAUGUUAAUGGCGUAUUUCUGUGCCGCAGAUGAAGGUGAUCCAGCACUCUGCAGAGACACUGCAAACAGCUUUGGUCUCUGAUCGUCAGGACUUGGCCAAACUUUACAGGAAGUACACAAAUGAAGAAAGGUGUCUUCUGGAGGAGGGAUUCCACCAGGGGCAGCCGGGUUCCCUCUUCCAUCCCAUCACAGUGCAUUCUGACUCCGACUGGAUCCCCGCUCACCCUGAGGAGCCUCAGGACUUUGAAAGCUUCUACAGAGAUCCCUUCAGGAAGACCCCCGCUGCGAGCCACAACACUGUUUAUAUUCAAACCAUCGGUUCCUUUGGGGAGGCGGGGGUCCAGACAGACCAGUAUGUGGAGUGGCUCAGACAAUACUGCCAGGCCUUCUUCUAUGGGCUUUCUGUCAAGUUGCUGCCUGCAGUUACUGUGGCUGAAACGGGAUGCUCUUUCCGUGUUAACAGCAACUCACACAACCUUCAGAUCCUCACUGGUGAUCUUCUACGAUUUCUGGGCAACAGGAAGCCAAAAGAUGCUUUUUGUAUUGUCGGAAUCACAAUGAUUGACCUGUACCCCAAAGACUCCUGGAACUUUGUCUUUGGACAGGCGUCUCUCAGUAUGGGAAUGGGUGUUUUCAGCUUCGCCAGGUAUGACGACAACUUCUACAGCAGAAACUAUGCAGGUCGACUGAAAAAACUUCUGGAGCCAAAGCAGGGGGACUACUCUGUGUUUGACGGAUAUUACACUCCCCCCAUCUCCAGCACUCUGCUGCUUCGUUCCUGCAAGACAAUGACACACGAGAUCGGCCACAUGUUUGGAAUAAGGCAUUGCCAGUGGUUGAGCUGCGUCAUGCAGGGCUCGAACCAUCUAGAGGAGUCGGAUCGCAGGCCUCUGGAUUUCUGUCCCAUCUGCCUUCGCAAGCUGCAGGUUUCAGUCGGCUUCAAAAUAGCUGAAAGAUACAAGGCCUUACUGCACUGGAUGGAGGAGGAUCAGAGAUCAAUAUCCAGACCAGAUGAGGCCUCUGUCUCUCAGUCUGCACUCUCCUGUCCCAAACCCACUGAAGCCUUUCAUGCUUCUACACUUUGGCUCCACAGAUGCCUGGACGUACUGGAAAAAACAUGAACUACAGUGUUUUCCAGUGGAUCUGGAAACAAUGGAGAGGACAGUGACAUCAAAAUGUAUUUAGCCCGACACUUUCAUGUGCAAUAUGCAACAGAUAUGUGCUGCUUUUUGAUAUAAACCCACUUCUUACACACUCCUGACAUUCUAAAAGUACUCAAAGUAAAUGGUGAGAGACAGAAACAAACACACACAGAUAGUAUGUAGACGUGAUCUCAAUAGGACACGUCUUUUAUUAUAAAGUUUGACUAAUUGUUUGAACCUCCUUGGUAGCGGUAGAAAUGUUAUGUAGGCAGAUUGGAACCACAACUCAGGCCCCUGUGGUUCCAGACUGAAUGAAAAAAUGGGUUCAGUCAAGUGUAAUUUAAAAAAAAAGAUUGUUUUAUAAAAUUCUACUUAAUAAAUAUUAGUUUUUAUUAAUGAACUUGCCUCUAAACUUUAUAGUUGAGUUUCUAUUAGUUCUAAGGUUGAUGCAUUUGAAUGUUUAGAAUAGAAACUAUAAAAUCUCAUUGUCGUGCAACAGAUCUUUAUCACAUUUUUGCAGUGAAAAUGUCACAUACACAAGAACAGUAUUUUCAAGGUAAAAGUUUAAAAAAACUACACACAUCUCACAGGCUCAAACGACUGUUUCAUUAUUGUGAUUGAACUCGUCAUUACAAAAAUAGUUUGUGUCGGACACAGCAAAUGACAACAGUGCAUUGUAAGCUUGGUGACAGUUUGAUUAAAAAAAUAAACUUUUAAUCACA